AAACAUUAAUCGCCUUGUGCCCACCCACCAAGAUGGCUCCUUUAUGGGGCAAUACUCGAUGUUUGACGUGAAGUUAUUUACACACCUGGAAUUAAACGUUCAUUGAGACAAGUUGUAGAUGCCUUUCGGUGCACCGUGUACGUGAAACAGAUCAAAAAAGAGUGCGUGCUCUAUAGCAGUGAAGGAUCGAUCGAGUUUCUGGAGAAAAUAAUUAUACGGGACGGCCGGUUGGUCUAAUACAUAGUUCUCUUGCCGAACAAAAAUCUGUACAGAUACACAGUGCCAUUCCAAAGAACCAUUGCUCACAGCUGUGCUAAAUUAUGAAUGUUAUGCUUUACAGAAAAAGAUAAAGUGUAAAGAUUUUUAAAGAUCUGUAUUACUAAUUUCUAAUGAUGUUAGUUUAUCAUUCAUGAAGCUACGAUAAUAACAAUUACAUUAACAAAGCUCAAAUGAAAUUUUGGCAAACAACAUUUGUUCAUAAUUAUUCAUAUGUAAAUUUGCAUGUCAUACAAAAAUUUGAAGCAUGAUAUAUGAAUGUUGUAAACGAAUGGGAAAGAUAAAAUAAAAGAGCAUUUUAUUGAAAAUGUUACCAAAGGGAGGUAAUGCUGAUUUUCAUAUAAAUUUUUAGACUUGAUACAAUGACCAAAGGGAGAAAUGCUGAUGUUUAAUAACUGCAAAGAUAAAUGAAUAAGAAGAACUAUUAAUAGUGGUACUUAAAAAUGUCCUGAGUAAAGUUUGAUGAAGAAAAGAUUUUUAUUUUCACACUUAAUUAUAUAAGUGAUCUAAUCAAGUUAAGCUUUAAAAAUGGCAAGAAAAAGUGAUAAUAUCAAAACCAUCAAUGUUGCUGUUGUUGGUCUUUCUGGCACUGAGAAAGAUAAAGGACAAGUUGGUGUUGGAAAGUCAUGUCUGUGUAAUCGUUUUAUGCGUUCUUUGAAUGAUGAUUAUAAUGUGGACCAUAUAUCAGUGUUAUCACAGUCAGAUUUUAGUGGUCGGGUGGUGAAUAAUGAUCAUUUCCUAUAUUGGGGUGAAGUUACAAAAACAGCAGAGGAUGGGACAGAGUAUCAAUUUCAAGUGAUAGAACAUACAGAGUUUAUAGAUGAUGCAUCAUUUCAGCCUUUUAAGGGUGGUAAAAUGGAACCUUAUGCAAAACGAUGUGCAGCCACCAAAAUUACUAGUGCAGAAAAGCUUAUGUAUAUUUGCAAAAAUCAAUUAGGUAUAGAAAAAGAAUAUGAACAAAAAGUUUUACCAGAUGGUAAAUUAAAUAUUGAUGGCUUUUUGUGUGUAUUUGAUGUAAGCGUUGUACCAAAUAGAUCUAUAGAAAAACAGAUUGAAAUAGUAGCAAAUAUAUUGAACAGUUUAAUGAAAACUAAAAAACCAAUAGUUUUGGUAACAACUAAAAAUGAUGAUGCUAAUGAACAAUAUGUAAAAGAAGCUGAAAAAUUAAUAAUGCGUAAAGAAUAUAAAGGUUCCAUUUUAAUAGUUGAAACAUCUGCACAUGAAAAUAUCAAUAUUGAUUUGGCAUUUAUGAUUUUGGCCCAAUUGAUUGAUAAAACUAAAAUGCGAAGUAAGCUAACACCAUUUGCGGAAGCAGCUAGAGCUAGAAAAGAAUUAUUGGAUGCAUCUACAGAAUCUUUACAAAGAUUGAUUCGAAUACAUGUUACCGACUAUAGAGCAUUGUGGUCUCAAGCAUCCAAAAAACUAGCCCAACAUAAAGAAUUUUCAACAUUUGUAGAAUUAUUUGGUAUUGAUGCAACCCAAAGAUUAUUUAGGAGACAUAUUAAGAAAUUGAAAGAUGAACAAGUGGCAAAGAAGAUUCAAGGAUAUUUAGAUAUGCUACCUGAAAUUCUUCAUGAAAUAUGUCCUGAUAUAACAAAUUUGAUUAAUGAAGAGUGGUCUGCAGUACAACAGUAUAUAAAAGAACAUCCCGAUUUUCAUCAAUAUUUUUAUGAAUGUCCCGAGGAUAUCCCGUGGAUUGAUUGUGAUUUUGGUGAAAACAAUGGAACAAAGAUUCCUUAUGAUGUUUUGGAAACACCAGAAGCAGAAACUGUUUUCAAAAAUCAUAUAAAUAUAUUGCAACAAGAACAGCGGCGAUUAGAACUUCCUAAAAGAUGGAAAAAACAGUUUAAGCAAUUAUUGGAAGAAACUGGCUAUGUUACACCAGGAAAGCAUUUGUCUGAAGUUAGAGUUCUUUUUAUGGGCAGAGAAUGCUUUGAAGCUCUUUCUCACCAUGAUUGUCAAGAAAUAUAUGAUCAACAUCAAAAGGAGAUUAUUGAGAAAGCAAAACAUAAUUUUCAAGAACUACUACUAGAACAUGCUGAUUUGUUUUAUCAUUUUAAAAGUAUAGCACCAUCUGGUACUAUAACACAAGAUGAUAUUAAAGAAAUAACAGAUGCAUUGGUGGAUGAUUUUAGGUAUAAGGCUUUAGAUAGGCUAGAUCAAGAUAGAAAAUUAAUGCUUUUUCAACAUUUGGGUUUUGUACAUUGUCCCAUAAGGGAACAUUGUCCAGCUUAUCCAAAUUGCAUGGAUGCACUUAUAGAACGUAUACUUGGAACAAAAGCUCACAGACCUUCUUCAUGGAAUCACAGUAGCCAAUGGCAAUUAACAUCUGAUAAUAAUCAAUUAAAUUUAGUCAUACUUGGAAGCAGUGGACUUGGCGAAGAAUUCGCUCGUGAAAUAAGAGCACAAACGGAGGACGACGAAGUAGAAAUUGAUUGUCAGUUAUAUACACUUGGAUAUCGAAUAAUCGAUGGUGACGUCGGACUACCACACAAUUCAUUUACUACUUCUGACUUUAUGCCUCAUGGUUCAUUCUGUAUUUACGCAGACGAUUAUUCAUUUGAAUAUAUUCGUUCUUCUUUAGAGAAAACUUUAUUGUCGAAUUUAGAACAAGAAGAUAGGUUACCAUUUCAAGGAUUACCUAUUGUUAUUAUGUUUGUGCCAGAAUCAACUAUAGACGAAUUAGAAGCAAUAAGACUUAGGAAAGAGGGUCAAAAUCUUGCUGAUAGUCUACAGUGUCCAUUUAUCGAUGUCUGCAUAGAGGAUUUAGAGCAAGACAAAAGGUUCCCUGCUCCGCUUGUGAAAGAUGCAUUGCAGCAACUUAUACAAUCUAUAAAUCACAGAGCUGGUUUUUUAAAUAUUUACCAAAGUGUUAUUGAAUGUUUGGAACCGGAUAUUAGAAUAAUAAUGUGUAUGUUUUGUGGGGAUCCGUAUUCUGUCGAGAACGUACUCGGUCCUUUACUUAAUCAUCAAUGUUGUUUCCUUAGUGGCGAUCGAUCGAUUGUUUUAGAAACAUUUCUAGGAGAAUCGAAACGAAGAGUUGAAGUUAUUAUUUCUAGUUUCCAUGGAGCAAAUGCAUUUAGGGACGAAUUAGUACAUGGUUUCAUAUUGGUUUAUUCUACAAAAAGGAAAGCAUCACUUGCAACCCUUAAUGCAUUUUCUAUGAAUAUACCAAACUUACCGAUACAAAUAAUGGCUGUGACCGAUACUGGAGGUGCUAAUGCUUUCUUCAGUAAUGAUUUAAGUCAUUUACUUAUCACGGAAGGAAAUGCAAUUGCGGAUAAAUUGCAAGCGCAUUUUAUGACCUCAGCAUCCAGUUGCCAACAAAAGACGGCAUUUUAUACCCCAUUCUUCAAAGAGGUAUGGGAGAAAAAACCUGAAAUUGAACAAGCAUUUAAUAUGGAAGAGCCAGGUAAUCUGAAUGAUAGUGGCGAAGGAACUCUGGAAUACUCUGCAUUACAUCCUAUGCCGCCGCCACGACAUGAAAGUUAUCACCUUCAAACACCAGAUGAUGGUAUGUCUGUAACUUUCAGAAGUGGUUCCGAAUCGUACGAGCAAUUAACUCCUGAUGGUGAUCUUGGAGACACGGGAUUAAAUGAACAGUUUGCAGACAAUAGAGCUACGCCUAGUGACGACAGUGAUAUUUAUAGCCAAGUAGAUUUUUAUAGGGAAGAAAGAGAGAGAGAUCUGUUAAAACCAGGAGACAUUACAAACAAAUUAUCCGGUUGGGUGAAAGAUACAUUUAUGCAUCAAGAUGGAGUAACUAAUAGUUACUCCCAUAGAGCUUUCACAACAGGCAGGCGUCAUAUUUCCCAGGCAAAACCGCGACCGAAAGGAAAUAGCCAAACUUUAAAACAACCUGGUAAAAUAAAUUUAAAAGAUUUUUCAAAUGUGACAGAUGCCAUAGCUAGAAUGACAGUAGGUGAAAAGGAUGAACACGGUCCGAAGAUAACUAUGGGUCAUGCUCCUCUUGCUACACCUGAAUUGGUAGAUUUAGGUUCUGAAUAUGCCCAAGUUAAAGACGUUGUACCAAGCCUAUAUCCUUCUUACGAUGGCGAUUAUAUGUAUGCUUCAGUACAAGAUUCUAUCGGAAAUAAUAAACCUAAGUUACGUCACAGACGCGAGAAAGGACAACCCUCAUACAGUGAUUCUGAUUCUGAAUGGAGUUCUUUGGAGAGACAGAGGGUUGCUGAUGUCUUAGGUAAAGUAAACAAAAAACCACCAUCGCACAAAAGGAUACGAAAAAAACGUACGGCUAUACCUGUCGCUGCACCUAAAGUCCCAUCAUUGGCUAGCAUGGGAAGUGGGGAUGGUAUUGUUGGUCUGAAUUAUAAUGUUAAAGAGGAUAAAAGUUGGCGAGUAAAUCCUACAGAAAGAGUGUCUAGUGAAACACCAGAUUCUUCCGAAUCUAGUGAUCCGGACCACUCGAGAUCGAGAGCAAAACAAUAUAAACACGCUGCUGCUAGUCUACGAAAAAGAUUUGGAAAUUCAUUGCCACAACAUCUACCUACAUCAUUACAACAUCCCUACAAUGUAAAACAUAUGACUCAAGAAAUGUUUAGUGCUUCCUAUGAUGAAUCCAGUUUAGAUGUUUCGUCUCCACGAGAAAUUAAUUCUCCCAGUGUCAAAGAUGGCGAUAAAUUAAACAGAAAGAAGGAUAAACAAAAAGCGAAAGAAGAUGAGAAGCUAGAGAAACGUCGUCAAAAAGAGGAGAAGCUUAAAAAACACGCGGAGAAGGAAAAAGAAAGGGAGAAAAAGAAGCAAGAAAAAAUAAAACAAACUAAAGGCCCUAGUUCAGCAUUAAGUAUGAAUCAACAACCGCUAAUCGAAGACUUUGCACAAAGUGAAACAAAUCGAAUACCUCUGUUUCUCGAAAAAUGUGUGCAAUUUAUUGAAGAUGAAGGAUUAGAUUCUGAAGGGAUAUAUAGGGUUCCUGGAAAUAGAGCACACGUUGAACUUCUCUUUCAAAAGUUUGAAGAAGAUGGAAACGUGGACAUACAUUCAUUGGACAUACCUGUAAAUGCUGUUGCGACUGCUUUAAAAGACUUUUUUUCAAAAAGGCUACCACCAUUGAUUGACAAAGAACGAAUGAGCGAACUCGAGGACAUUUCGGGUGCCCGUGGUAUUAGCAAACCGAUGUCCGCAACAUGUAUGAAUAUGGAAGAUCGAAGCUGCAGACUAUUGGCACUACGUUUGAUGCUCAACAAAUUGAAUCCAAUUAAUUUUGAUGUACUUAAAUUUAUCUUUCAUCAUUUUGUAAAAGUGGCUGAAAAUUGUAAGCUGAACAGUAUGGACAGUAAAAAUUUGGCAAUCUGCUGGUGGCCUACUUUAUUGCCUAUAGAAUUUAACGAUCUUGGCAGAUUUGAAGCAAUGAGACCAUACUUAGAAGAUGUUGUUCAGACGAUGAUAGAUCAAUAUCCUUUCCUCUUUUGUGGUGAAGAAGCUAUCGUAAUGGUGUAGUGAAAGACUACAUUAUUUCGAAUCGUACAGUUAGGGCUUGUACGAGUAAUGUGAAAUAAUUACACUUCAAUACGAUGUGUAUUAUUUCCGUUUAGUCCUUAUGAUUACGAAUAAUGAUUGGUCUUGUUAUGUUUAUAUACCGUGACUUGAUCGUAGUGCAUUUGAGCUACGACUAGGAUAAUUCUUGUAACGUGAAAAAGACCGAACAAAUUAAUUUAAGUUUACAUACUCGUUUCAUUGCGAAGUGUGACUGACGGAGUGAUAGAUUAAUGGCCCUAAUGAUGGCUGUUUGCAGGCCCGAUAAUAAUGCGAAUAAUAAAAAGUCAAUCUGCGUGUCAUAACAGUAUGCAUGUAUCAUGUUGGAUGUAUUCAGAGCGAUGUAUUUAUUAACAUAUAUUUAGGUGUAAGUCUCGAUAUUUGAUAAUAGCGAAUACUCGUAGUAAGCUCGAUGUUGCUUUUUUAUCUGAUCUUCUUGUUUUCCUUUACCUUCUGUUUUUAUGUUCUUCUAUAAAUAAAAGAUCUGUUUAUUGUAUGCAACGUGUAUGCGUGUGUGUGAGAGAAAGAGAAAGAGGGUGAAGGAGGGAGGGAAAGAUAAAAAGCGAGAGAAAGAGAAAUGGCGCAAUCUUAUAAAAAAAUAUUCAUAUUCUAAAACGUGUUAAAGACAUUACUAUAAAAUGUACGAGGUAUACAAAUUUUCUCUAAUACAUGCGCGUUUUUAUAUAGCAACGAUAUCAAAACAUCAAAAUAUCUCUAUGAAAAAUUUAAUUUUUCGGUUAAUCGAUUAUCGUUUUUAGUCUGGAAGGCAUUUUUAAUUUGCAUUUAAUCAGUGUAAAUCUCUUUCUCGAACCAGUAUUUCAGAAUAUUUAGUUUGAUUUAAUAGAGCUAUUUAAGCUCAUUGGUGAUACAAUGCAUAAUAUAUCCAUUCCGUCUGAAUGAAAAACAAAAACGAACAAAAAAAAAAAAAGAGGAAAAGAUGAAGGAAAUGAAAAGCGUUACAUGUAUUUGCGAUUUUUUCAAGAUGUGCAGCGAAUAAGCGUUUAUAUCAAGAAGAUUGUAAGGAUAUUGAUAUGGUUCUAAUUAUUAAGGUAAAUCUUGAAGAUUUCCGGAUUUGUAACAGAUCACGGGAAUACUAAAUGCUAAGAACUUUACCUAAAAUCUCACAGACAUUUUUUCAAGUUUCAUAAAGCGAAUAAUUGUACAUAAGAUUAUAAGAUUGUAAGCUACGAAAAGUUUAUAACGAGAAUUACGAGGAUCGACUAUCGAUCGAUACUUUCGAGAUUAUUCAAUGGUCGCCAUGACGUUUACACAAAUCGCUUUUAUCUUUUUUUACGCGAUGCAUGUUAUAUUUGAUAAAAAUAAUUAAAUAAUAGACGAAGGUUCGUGUUUUUAAUCGCAUAUUGUAUUUGUGUAUCAGCUUUCGUCUGUAUUUACAAAAGGUACUUAUCAACGUUACAUUUUAUUUUUCGAACAGCUUUAGAAUACUACGGUCGCAGGAUAUGUAACCGAUCGUCAAACUGUUCAACCAUUUUGCUCUUGUACCUGCUGCGUUAUCCCGAAAUACAAUUCUCUUUUGGUAAAAACCAUUAUUCUAAAUUCAUACACAUAUGAUAACUUUUAUGUGUUCCCAUGGAUAAAGGUUCUGACGAUCGUCGUUACUGUUCUGAAGAUGAGAUGAAAUUCGAUAAAACGAACGCAUCAACGGAUCAAACGACUGAGCCAUUAGAACUGUGAUGUAGUUACUUGUUUUUAAUAAUGUAUAAUAGUAACUAUCGAGAAAGGCAAAAGGAUUGUUCAAUGACGCUUAACGUAAUAGAUGCGAUCUUUGUUGAAACGAAGCUAUUGUUUUACGAUCAGUGUAUAUUAGCAUUAAUUGAUUUUCCAGCGUGCAAAACAUCUUCGUCUAUUAAUGCGGAAUGUGGUCCGAUUCGAAAUCUUUUCGAAUAAUGAUGAAUUCACACGUAGGUGUGCCAUACCAUGUGUAGUUGUCACGAUCAUAAUGUAACCAUACAUCAUUUGAGGAUGAAAUGUUCGGAAGCAAGAAUCGUCAAGCAAGAAAAAAGAAAAGAAAGAAAAGAAAAGUAGGAUCAAGGAAGUCAAUCGACGAUUGAUCGACAAUGGAGCUAUUGUGAGCAAGUUUGUUUCUUUUUUUAUUUUAUUCGAUAAUCCGAACUAUAACAAGAAACAUUCCCGCGAGUAACGAUUGAAGUUACUUCCGGUUUUGUCGAGCGCGAAUUCGACGAGGUUCAUGUUCCUUUGACGAUGAAUAUAUUGCAGGUAAAUGAAUCGAGGAAAAGAAAAGAAAGGAAAAGAAAGAAACCAUUUCGAUAAGGUUGUUCGAUCUCGACGAGUUCGUUCUCGAUAAAUUUUGUCGUAUUUAUAAGAAAAUCGUUGUAACGAUAUUUCGAUGAUUUAACCAGCGCCGCGAGGGCGCUUAGCGACAAACAACGGAUCGUACAUUCCCGUAUUAGUCGUAAAAUGAAACAAACAAAACAGAAUUUUAUACAUUCGUACGUACAUAAUUGUAUAAUGUUAUUAAUAGGAACAGAGACGUCGAUGUUACGUGUGAGAUCUGGGAUAUGGAUCAAAUGCUAUCUCAAAUAAUAAUGACAUGAUUUCUGUCAUUGUCGCUGAAUUUAAA